UGACACGCAACGCUCACGAUCAGAACAUCUCUGCCCCGCGCGCGCGCCUCUUCGCGGCUUGCCUCGGAGCGCUGAGCCGACAUGCUGCGGCUACUUCUGCUGCUGCUGAGUGCGGCCGUGUCGUCAGGUGCAGGCGCCCCGCCGGAGGCGCUGUCGCGCGCGGGCGUGGCCCCGCGGUGCGAGAGCCGCGCCUGCAACCCCCGCAUGGGCAACCUGGCGCUGGGCCGCCGCGUCCUGACCCAGAGCGUGUGCGGCAACAACGGCACCGAGCCGUACUGCGCCUACGGCGAGCCGGGCCUGACGUGCGGCGCCGCCAAGUGCGGCAAGUGCAACGCCGCCCUGCCCCACCUGUCCCACCUGGCGGGCGCCAUGUCCGACUCGUCCUUCCGCCACCCCGACACCUGGUGGCAGUCGGCGGAGGGCGCCGACUCGGAGAUGGUCCAGCUGGACCUGGAGGCCGAGUUCUACUUCACGCACCUCAUCGCCGUCUUCCGCUCGCCGCGGCCCGCCGCCAUGACGCUGGAGCGCUCGCAGGACUUCGGGCGCACCUGGCACAUGCUGCAGUACUACGCCCGCAACUGCAGCGCCGCCUUCGGGAUCCCGGAGGGCAAGGGGGCCCGAUCGGGGCGGGACGGGGCCGCCUGCACGUCCAAGUACUCCGGAGCGUACCCGUGCACCCGAGGGGAGGUGAUCUACCGCACCCUCCCCAAGUGGGAGUCCCUGGACCCGUUCGGCCUGGAGGGCCAGCAGCAGCUGCGGGUUACCAACAUUCGCCUCCGGCUGCUUGAGCGCCAGCCGUGCCCGUGCCAGGCCAAAGCCGCCGCCGCCGCCACGCCGGGCGAGGCUCCGCCCACGCGCCACUUUGCCAUCUACGACCUGAUCGUGAAGGGCAGCUGCUUCUGCAACGGGCACGCCGAGCAGUGCCUCCCCGCGCCGGGGUACCAGCCCGUCCGGGACCGGACCAGCCACGUGGUCCACGGGAAGUGUGUGUGCCGACACAACACGGCCGGCGACCACUGCGAGCGCUGCGCCGCGCUCUACAACGACCGACCGUGGCAGCCCGCCGACGGCCUGACGGGGGCGCCGCACGAGUGUCGCAAGUGCAAGUGCAACGGACACGCUCACAGCUGCCAUUUUGAUUGGUCGACGUGGCGGGACUCGGGCCAGCGCAGCGGCGGCGUGUGCGACUGUCUGCACCACACCGAAGGGCGCCAGUGUCAGAACUGCAAGGCCGGCUUCUACCGGGACCCUCGGCGGCCGCCCACGGCCCCCGACUCUUGCAAGCCCUGCAACUGUCACCCGUUGGGCUCCGCGGGCGCGCGGGCGGCCGGCGACGCGCCCUGCGACCCGAGCGACGGCGGCUGCAUCUGUAAGCCCGGCGUGGGCGGCGCCCGCUGCGACAGGUGCAUGGUGGGAUACUGGGGCUUCCACCAAUACGGCUGCCGGCCAUGCGACUGCGCCGGAGACUGCGACCCCUUCACGGGCGACUGCGUGCUCGGGUCGGACUUGUACAACUUGGAGGCAAACGCCAGCCAGCCCGUCAGGAUCUUCAGAGUGGACGAGCUCUUCUCUGCCCUUCACUACUCGGAGAAGUGCGAGUGCAAAGAGCAGCCGCUGACCAACAGUAAACUGUUCUGCACCAUGAACUACGCCUACGUCCUGAAGGUGAAGGUGCUGUCGGCCCACGACAAGGGCUCGCACGCCGAGGUGGAGGUGAAGGUCCAGAAGGUGCUGAGUCAGGCGGCCAAGCUCCAGCGGGGCCGCGUCACGCUCUAUCCCGAGUCGUGGACGGCCCGGGGCUGCACCUGCCCCAUCCUCAACCCAGGUGUGGAGUACCUGGUGGCGGGCCACGCCGACAGGAAGCGGGGCCACCUGCUGGUCAACAUGAAGAGCCUGGUCAAGCCCUGGACGGCCACCUUGGGCCGCAAAGUGCUCGCGCUGCUCAAGAAGGACUGCAACUGGUAGACCCGCACGCACGCACGCACGGCUGAGACUUUUUCCUGGAGAGGGACUCCAUGCCCGGAUUAUUCAAUUGUGGAUGAUUCAACUCAGAUUAUCAUUUUGGCCUCGUUACCUGGAUUGACAAUGGUGGAGAGAAAAAAAAAAAGAGAUCUCUCUCUCUCUGUGCACUUUAACCAGCAAAAUGGACUGGAAUGGAACAUGGACGCACAAAGAUGCACGUACACACGCAGUCGAGUGUGUACAUGGACACACACACACACACACACACCCCACAGUGAGGGAGACCAAGCCAUACAAGCCACUGCAGGUGGUUCAGUCCUCGCCAGGCCAGGUGCAAGAUGGCGGCCAAUCGCCCCCAAACGUGAAUGUAUUAGACUGAGUAUGUGCAUGGGGAUGUAGAAGUGUGUGUGUGUGUGUGUGUGUGUGUGUGUGUGUGUGUGUGUGCGCGCGCGCGCGCACGCAUGUAAGAAGAAUCAAGUGAGGAGGUUUAGGCCCGAGCACAGUCCCAGUCCAGCUCUUCUUUUUUUGUUUUCAUUGAAAGAUGACUCUUCAUCCUUCCUUCCUUCCUUCCUUCCUUCCUUCGACUCUUUGUACAGUGUUAUUUGUAUCUCGAUUUAAAUAUUAUUGUCAUGUGACAGCAAUUUUUCAGCUUUACGUUAGUUUGGACUUGUAGGCUUUUUGUAGCAUCAUAAGGCCACGUGGGGCGCCGUUUGCCCUCCCCGAGGGCUUCUCCAAUGCAUGAUAAUACAAUUAUCAAUGCACCA